AUGAAUCUCAACGACUUUCAUUUGUUGGAGCAUGACUAUGCUAAUGCAUCCCCACAAAAUCCUAUAUUUAAUAUGAACCUCAACAAUCAUGUCCCUGUUCUUCAUUUGUUUGAGCAUAACUAUGCUAAUGCACCACCUCAAAAUGCUAAUUUAAAUGCGGAUCUCAAUAAUAUUGCCCAUCGACUUCCUCGAUUGCAAAAUGAUGUUGAUGUUGCUGGUGCACAAAGGAGGGCUGAGCAUGCUUUACGUGAAAGGGCAAGGGUGGCCAAUUUAACUUAUGAACAAGCUCAACAACGUAGGGAGCAAGAUGCAGUAUGGCACAACCAAAGACGUGCUAAUGAAAAUGUUCAUGAAGCUAAUGCUCGCCAACAUGUAGAUGCACAACGUCAUCGUGCGAAUAGAGAAAAUGAAUUACCGGAGCAAGCAGCAGUAAGGCGUAGGGCAGAAUUAUUGCGUCAUCGAGCUAGGGUUCCACGUUUCUUAAAUUUAACCAGAAUUAACAAUGUCUUACCUCCUACACAUUCUGCAGGUGAGUUUAAUAUUGUAUGUGAGCAUUGUGGAGCUAUCAAAUUUAAUAAUGAAAAUCAUUUUAAGUGUUGUCACAAUGGCAAAGUGGCCCUGCCUGCUAUAUUACAAUUUCCUGCUGAAAUACGUGAAUUGUUAAGCAACGACUCUGCCCAAGCUAAACAGUUUCGUAAGUAUAUCAGAGUAUACAAUAAUGCAUUUAGUUUUGCUUCUUUGUCAGCAAACAUUCGACCACCACCAGGUCAUGGACCCCCCUGUUUUAGAAUAUGUGGUCAAUUAUUUCACAGGUAUGGUGCUUUAUUACCUGCUCAGAAUGAAGUACCUAAUUUUAGCCAAUUGUAUAUUGUAGAGGCUGCAGCUGCCUUAAACAUGCGUAUUGAGAAUCCGACACAUGCUCAUUGUAAUCGUGAAACAAUGCAGAUAAUUCAAGAUGUUCUUAACAGGGAUUCUCCAUAUGCUGCAGCUUAUAGAAAUAUGGCUGAAGUGGAACGUGAAGAAACAGCCAGAGCAGCAGCAGAAAACAGACAGCCUUCCGUUGUAAGUAUGGUAAUGCGCGAGGGUAAUGAUCGCAGAAGGUAUAAUGCACCCUUGCAUCAGGAAGUUGCCGCCAUCUUUGUUGGUAAUGAUGGAGCACCUCCUGCUGCAAGAGAUAUUGUUGUUUAUCCACGUAAUCAACCUUUGCGGCAAAUCCCUCAUAUAUCAUGCAAUAUCGAUCCUAUGAUGUAUCCCAUUUUAUUUCCACGUGGUGAGCCGGGUUGGGACCCAAAUAUGGCCCAUGUCAGGGAGCAUGCAACUGGAGUUAGAAAUAGGCUAACCCAGUUGGAAUAUUAUAUUUACCGCAUUGCUAUUAGGCGAGAAUUUUCUGCCCUUCAUCUAGCAGGCAAAUUGUUUCAGCAAUUUUUAGUAGAUGCAUAUGUUAAAGUUGAAGGCCAACGGCUUGCAUUUAUUCGCCGAAAUCAAAACCAGCUUCGAGCAGAGUCCUACCAAGGACUUCUGGAUUACCUCCAAAAUGCUGCAGAUCAACGUAACUUACAAGCAGGUAAUGUUGUUGUCUUGCCUUCCACCUUUUCUGGCUCACCCCGUAACAUGCAUCAGUUGUACCUUGAUGCAAUGGCAUUGGUUUCAAAGAAGGGUAAGCCAGAUUUGUUCUUGACUUUUACUUGCAAUCCAAAAUGGCCAGAAAUUGUUACUAAUAUGUUACCUGGUCAAUCUGCUUCUGAUAGACCGGAUUUGGUUGCAAGGGUUUUUAAAUUAAAAUUACUAGCUUUGAAAAAAGAUUUAAAAGACGGUGUAUUGGGUGUUCUGUGUGCACAUGUAGAUGUUAUUGAAUUUCAGAAAAGAGGUUUACCGCAUGUUCAUAUGCUUUUACAUCUAUACAAUGAGUUUAAAUUACGAAAUGCUGAUGAUAUUGACUCAUUAAUUUGUGCACAGAUUCCGGAUCAAAACCAAGAUGCUGAAUUGCAUGAUAUAAUAAAGUCAUGUAUGAUCCAUGGGCCAUGUGGCCACCUUAAUAAUACAUCUCCGUGCAUGAAAGAGGGUGAGUGUACUAAGCAUUUUCCUAAGUAG